GGGAGCAUCCUUCCUCAUUCAUCCCUGGAGCGACGCGAUUGAAGUUCUGCGCAUGUGCUCCUCCUCUUUUUCACUGAGUAGGCUCGUCCUUUAGGGGCUGUCCCACCAAACCUGAACCUGUUACGCUGUUUGAUACCGCGGCAGUUACGGACCGCUGUUCGACGUGAGCGUUGCGGUAGAUUUCGUUUCGCCGUGUGUUGUUCGUUUACCCUCUCAAGCGAAUGUACGGACCGUGUUUACUGUUUCGGAUUUCAACUCAAAGGAACUUUUUUUGAUCUUCUUUAAUUCUCUUGAUGGUCGUCGCUGGAAAUUGUCCGAGGAUGUCAUCUAAACGGAAAAGUCCUCCGACAAAAUUCACGCCUGACGAUCUUAGCAAUGGAGUUCACCACCAUCGAGUCGCCUCUGACUUUUUGGACGCUCAUCAUACACCCAAUUUUUUCAAUACCCCACCAAUUCCAGAAGUCGAAGAGAAUCCUUUGAAUCUUCAGAAACAGGAGUCGUUGUCCGACAAUCGACUGCAAUACUCUUUCGACGAAGAAGAAGACGAAGAGGAGGAAGAAAACUUUUUAGACAAUAUGACUUCCUCACCACCCUCCGAAAGUUGCUCACCCUAUCCGUCCAGACUGGCGGAUCAGGACUCGGACUGUACAAGUAGUGAUCCUGAAGCCAGGCUGGACAGUGCCAUGGCUACUAAUUCCAGUUCUGUCUUUCCACACACAUCCAGAAAACAAAGACUCUUACAGAGUGUGUCCGGCAAGGAAAGGCACACUGGUGAUUCGGAAUCUGAUUCCGAUCCGGGUUGUUACAGUGGGAGCGAAUGUGGACUGUCCGGCAGCGCCGAACAGAGACUGGCUUCACCUGGUCAGUCAAGGACAAUGGAAACAGUCCCUUCACCAGGAAGUAGCCACCACAGUGAUCUUGGUAAUGGUAGGCCUCCUAACAGACGAUCCAUGGACGAUGUAGUGAAAAAACUGACAUCUAAAAUGCACAAUAGUGCAACAUUAAAUGAAAACACUUAUGGACAUUGUUUAACUCAACAAGCCAGUUUAGGCCCGGAAUCUGAGUGUCGGCAACACACGAAUGGGGAUAGAAGAAGUGAGGACAGGCUGGAACGAGUCCUCAUGGAAAGCGAGGACUUGAAAGUGACCCUGCGGAAGAAAUUGAGUAACGACUCCGUAGACCAACAACAAAUCCUUACAAACCUCAUCAACAGAUUAGAAGAAAUGAAAUCUCAACUCGCUCAAGAGCAGCAACAAAAACAGAUGGCGGAGAAUCUCGAAAGAAAUAGCGCCGAACAAAGAGAACGACAAGCUCUGAUUGAAAGGCAACAGCAGCAACUCUUUCAUCAAGAACAGCAAAUACACGAACUUGAGCGUCAGAUAAAUGGUAAUUCCAUAAAUAAGGGAAUGAUGGGAUCUUAUUUGCCUAUGUUUGAUGGCAGCCAUUUGACUCUGAAUCCACCUACAAGUAGUGCAGGCCCACUUAGGCCUCAACCUACCACUGCAAUAAAUAGGCGAACAGCGAAUAAUUCUCCUUCAGGGCUAUCUCUGACACAACCUUGGGCGUCUCCUAUAGCUCCACCCAUUGCCAGUCCAAGUCCCAGCAUCAGCAGCUCCGAUGCUGAUCUUGACAGCGAAGCUCCUCUUAACCUUUCGAAACCGAAAAUUUCAAGGAGCUCAUCUAAACGUGCUCAAAAGAGUCCUCAAGAAUACAGAACUCAAGAUAACAGUGGUCAAAUGUCUCCCAACACCUUGCAGCAACACCAGAGAAAUCAAAACAUGCUGGCUGAAAUGGCAGCAAUGGCACAUGUUUUAAGAGGUCCUCCCCCUAUGCAGAUGACUCCUGCUGCUUACAUGCCUGGAGCUUAUCCUGCAAUGCCACUUCAUUUACGACCCCCUACUGUGAUGGCUCAUCAAGAUAAAGUAAAAGAUGCUAUGUCUCCUCCAAUUCCAAGUAGUCAUCUUCCCCAACAUGGGGGACCGUUUCAAAGUUUCAAUCUGCAUAUGUACCUAUCACAAUUAAAUUCACAUGAACCUUGUGAUAUACCAUCCCCUGUCAUGGACCAGGGAGACAAGAAACAUGAUUCUCAUCUUGGAACUUCUCCAAAUAAACUUGUUGGAGCAAAAAUCAUUCGCCAAACAAAGAAAGAUGGAGAGCCAAAAAAUCAUAUCAAAAGACCAAUGAAUGCCUUCAUGGUAUGGGCUAAAGAUGAACGGCGAAAAAUACUUAAAGCUUGUCCAGACAUGCACAACUCAAAUAUAUCGAAAAUCCUGGGCGCUCGUUGGAAGGCUAUGUCUAAUGGAGAAAAGCAACCUUAUUAUGAAGAGCAAUCCCGCCUCAGUAAACUUCACAUGGAGAAACACCCCGAUUACAGAUACAGACCAAGACCUAAACGUACUUGCAUAGUCGAUGGAAAGAAACUUAGAAUCUCAGAAUACAAACAGAUGAUGAAGUCAAGGCGGCAAGAGAUGCGCACUCUAUGGUAUCGUGAUGGACUUGGAGUUAUGGAUCCACCCACAAUGGUAUCUCCAGGAUCUUCUUUAUUGCCUAUGUCUAACGUUUCUGGAGGCUCCAAUGAAAUGGUCAAUCCAUUGGGCAUGAGACUCUCUCCCACUAAUGGUAGUCUCGAAAACCAUGUCUUGUCUCCAGGCCAUUUAUCACCAGACAGAACGUCACCUUCUACCUCAACGUCUCUACAGAGAAUGAAAAACGAAGACCAUAGCAAUACAAUGUCCAUGGAAACUUCAUCUUGAGAAAAAACUUUUAUUUUAACUUCAUAGUGGAGAGAAUAUUACUGGGCGAUUCUCCCUAUUAUUUGAAUUCCCAUCAUUAAGAUUCCAUUUGCAGAGCUUUCAGUAGUCAGUGAAUCUUUGUAAGGUUCAAACUGUUUAUAUUAGAUCAGUCAUUGGCUUCAGUCUGGACUUGUUGCAUCCACAGUGUUUAAUGUUGAUGCAGUUUUCAGUGCAUUUAUUUGUUAAAAAAGAUCCAGUAAAUUUUACCCUGUACAGUGUUUAUUUGUUGAAAAUUCCACUUAAUGGGAGUCAUUGUUGAGAGAAGAAUAAAUAAUUUUCUUCAGAUUACUUGAAGCAGAGUAGUCUGUAUUAAUUUCUUUUCUCCGUGUUAGUCAAUUGUUACAUUUUAACACUAGGCAAUCAAAAUGAAAGAAUAUAUCAUAAAACUCAAUAUGCAAUAUUGAACUUAUUUCUUUGCAUUUAUUUAUUUCAUUAAAACGUGAUAUUUAAAAAUAUGCUUGCUGUAUUUAUAUUACUUAUUUUGUUCCUUAAAAAAGAAAUAUUUUUUUUUAUGUUCAAAUUUUAAAGCAUUUAGACUCGCUCUGGAAAUAGUUAGUAUAAAUAAUGCAUUCUGUAAGAUAUGUGUCUAAUUAUGAGUAAAUAUUUAUUAUUAAUUUAAAUCAAAACUUUAAUCAAAAUGUAGAUUAUAAUGGAGAAUAUACUUAAAUAAUUUCUAUACUGGAAAUGUUUUUGUUGAUUAUAUGGCUGGUAAAUUAUUUUAGUGUGUGAAAAUUGCUUUAAUGGAAAGUUGUAUUGAUUGGAUAAAAUAAUUGGAGGAAUAAGUGGCUAAAUAAGGGUCAUAGCAUAAAAAAUAAUUGCUAGAAAUAGGAUUAUUACAGAUAGAUGUGGGUGUUUUUUGUUCAAUGACACAAGCAGCAGUGCUGCUAUAGAAUCUUUAGUAGGUAGUAGUGAAGGUGUUAAAGAACUUCUUCCUCCACUUACUCCUUCAAUUAACAAUACUCUCACAUGGUCCUAAAUUCCACAUGCAUUCUUUGAUUUCACAAACUUUCAUUUUAAUCUUUCACAGUAAAAAUCCAAUUUUACUUCCAUUAUUUUAUUAUCUAGCUAAAUCAUUGCAUUUGCUCUGUAUUUACAAAAUAAUCAUUGUUAUCUUUUACACAUUUUACAGAAUAAUUUUAGAAUUUUGAUUUGUUUUGAAGUACAUAAAGAAAAAGGUUACACAUUUAAAAAUUACUGUUUGCAUGCUUAAGUAAUAAUCUUGAAAAAAAAUUUGAUGAAUUUUUGACAUAGAUUAGAUUGAACACAUUUUUUAUUCUUAUUUAAUAGCUGUUACUUAGGUUUCAACUAAAUUUAAAAAAUUCUGUUAUUUCAUAAAUAUUUAGGUUUCGUUUUAAAUCUGUUAUUUUAUGUAAUAUACUGAUGUUGCAGUUAGAUUUUAUUUUUUAACUAAGUUUGCCAAACAGAACUAUAAAUAUUUCCUCCUGUAAAUUAUUAUACAAACUAUGUACAGAUAUAUUAUUAUUAAUUUUGUAAAAAAAAAAAAGUUUUUGAUGUUUUUUCUUUGUUUUAUCGUGCAAUCAAAAAGAGUGUUGGUGUGUUUAGAAAAGUGUACAGCAUUUUUAUUCAUUGAAGUUAUUCUGUGAUGCUAUACUGGAUCUGUCAGUAUCAACGUUUGUUUAUAGACUGAUGAUGCUAUAAAAUAUAUAUUUAAUGUCACCCGAUAUUUCAAGCCAUUUUACCCAGUCAAGUUACGAGAGAAGCUGCGUGCUAUUUGAUAACAACAACAAAGACAUUUGUAUAUAGAAUCUGCAAGUCACAAACGUCUCCCUCGCGUCGUACUUCUUAAUUUUUCUCUCUCUGUUUGGCCAGUGUGAAAAUUAAUACCAAGGGCAUUUUUUUUACUAUCUGAGGGGAGAAACACAUUGAUAGAAGACACGCUUGCCAAAGGAGAUUAUUGAGGGCAGUUGUGACGGAUGCAGACCUUAUUUUGAAUUUGAUGUGCAAAUAUAUCUGCUCAACGUGAAAUACUUCUAGUCUGUGAUUUAACCAUCUUCUGCAGAGUACAUUUCUUUGUUUUGUUUUGUAACAGUAUUAUCGGACGAAACAAAGGUGGUUUUAGUUUCAUCUCUUAAUUUGUAACUAUGUGCUGUUUUUGUUGUUUGAAACUUAAAUAUUUAGAGUUCAUCUGUAAUUAAAUGAAAUAAACCACUUUUGUGAAUAUA